CUUUAAAAUUGUAAUUUAUAAUAAUGGAGCACGCUCGAAUCUUGUGUUUUAUUUAUUAUGAUUUUUUUUUUUCGAAUCAGUAUUGAUUGAUUAUUUGAGUACAAAUUAUAUGAAUAACUGUUAGGAUUAUCGUAUUAUGAUAAUGAUUAUAUACAACAUACAUGUAUCUUUUGUUAUACCAAAAAAGUGUAUAUUUAUUUUUUAAUAAAAAGUAGGAGUGGACGUGGCAAUAAUAAUCAUGACCAUGACUAUAUGAUGAUAAUGAUAACAACACGAGUAAAGGAAAAAAAUAAGUAACAUCAACAAAAGAAAGAAAGAAACAAAAAAGAAAGAAAAAAAAAAUUAACUGAAAAUCUCAAGCCACCGUCCACUCAGUUGUAAAGGAGCAGCAAGACAAGACGAUAAUAUAUGGGGUAAGAAAUCGACUCUCCAGCCAAUUGCCAAUCGUCGUGAAAAGCCACGACGUUGAUUAAUUAAUUAUAUUAUCGAGAGCCCCCGCGAUUAUAUUCCAAUGCACGCGAAAAUUCUCUCGAGACGCUGACUGUAAGUAAUAAUAUAUACGGAGAUGGUGGAGUCAUGGCUGCUUUGCGCGCGGCGAUAAGAAUCUGCACUUCGGGCGCUUUCCCGCUACAUCGUAUAGACAGCAGCAGCAGCGGGGCAACCCACAUCUUUCUUUCUUUCUUUCUCCCGGUCGUGUGUGCGCGUAUUAAAACGCAUCCCACAAUUCCGAAACGAUCCCGUAACGGCGACGAUAAUCCAGGCCUCGGUUUAUAUACAAACGGUCGAAGGCUUAGAAAGUAUCCACACACACACACACACACAUGCACACACCGAAUCCAGCGCAAUGUAACGCGCGGAAAUUGUGCCAGUGUGUGUGUGUGUGUGUGUGCCUUAGAACACGUAUAUGUAUGCAAUUGCGCAGUUAUAAUUUUCCGCGCGCGCGUCUUUCCCGCGAGCGAACGUCCCAUAUGGCAGGAGAAUUCGACAAAGGAAAAAUCGAGAAAUCGAUGCAAAAAAAAAAAAAAAAAACAACAACAAACGAAAGGAGCAUGGAAAAAUUAUGAAUCUCGAGCGAGACGCGCGGCUGCGAUGGCGAUUAUUGCGCGUCUCGUGGUGUUGUUAUUGCGCACCACGCGACACACGCCAAAACGUCAAAAUCGACUUUCCCGAAAAAAAUAGAAUCACAACAUGGCGCGUCUGCGCAGCAGCAGCAGCAGCAGCAGCUGGUAAAAACUUCUUUAUCGAGCAGACGGCUGCUGCACUGCAGGUAGCAGCAACACCACACGGCACACAGUACUGUGUCAGUCGGGGACGACAGAUCCCAAAAUACGUAUAGAAUGUCAAAUUUCGUUUGACGUCGUUGUCCGGAAUAUCGUAAUCCACGGACAUGGCCUGGCUGUCGGAUCUGGCCGGCAAGGCCGAGGAGAUGCUCAACAACAUCGACAAGACGACCGCCGCGGUGCUGAAGAAGGACGACGGCACCCACGGCAGGACGCACUUUCUCAGCCGCGACGAUGACAGCUGCUCGGUCGAGGUUAGAUCACUGCCGCCCUCCGAUACCGAUCAGGCGAUUGCCAAUGAAUUCAUAAGGGAUGCGGGCGAUAGGUUCGCACACUUGAAGUCGCCUUACUCCAGCAAAACAACUAUAUCUGCGCCAACUACCCCUUCGCACGGGGAUAAGUCGAUGAAGGUACAGGUCGAUUCGUUCGCGUGGCUGGAUGAAGCCAAGAAUUCAACCACCAUGCCACAGAGUACGGUACAUUUUGUCAACGAAGAGAAGAAGCACUCGUACGAUAAUGACAUUUCUAGAGAUUAUAAUAAGCUUGACGCUGACAGUAUUAGUCAAAACAACGUAGUAGAUUAUGAAUUGGAUCCUAAUUUUAAUUUUACAUUGAACACUAAAAUAGCUUCAGCUGUAGCUGAAAAGGAGCAGCAGCUGAAAUCAGAGUUUGCCAAGGAAAUAGAAUCUCUCAAUGAAAAAGUAAACUCUCUAACAACUGAAAAGAUGAACUCAGAAAGAGAAAUAUCAAAUUUAAAUGCCAUUAUAGAGAGAACCAGAUCUGAGUUAAAAUCUGUUGAAUCAGAGCUUGAUCAACAUAGAGCAAGAGCUAUGAAAACUUUACAAGAGCGGGAUAAAUUGAUUUUAGAACUGCGUAAUAAUUCCAGUUCUAGUCAAGAAAUGGAUGAUACAAGUGUAUUGGUAGAAUUAGAUCAACUUAGGCAAGAACGUGAAACUUUACGAGAAGAAAAUCGGCAGGUCCGAGAAAAAUUGCGUCUUGCUAGACAAGAAGCUAUCGAUGCUGAUUUGAAUGCUGAAAAAAUUAGACAAAGAGCAGUGGAAGCUAGUAUUCAGGCUAAAGAAGCAGUUGCAAGCGAAAGAAGAAAAAGAUUAGAUGCAGAAGAAGAUGCAAAACUAAGGAGUGAGGAAACACGAUCGUUGAGAGAAGAAUUAACACUUCGUCAGACUACAUUUUCUGCUAAACUACAAAAACAGGAAGCAGAAAUUUCAAGGCUCAGAGCUCAGUUCUCAGCAGCUGUUUCACCUAGCGCAGAAGCUGAGGCAAGACUUUCAAGCUUAACAAGAACACUAGUUUUAAAACAACAAGAAGUAGAACAUUUGACUACAGAUAGAAAUGCUCUCAGGCUACAAUUAGAAAGAUUGGAGCAUGAAUAUCAAAACUGGAAGAAAAAUGCUGCAUUCAAUAGUGUGAACGAUACAGAUGAUGCCAAAGCUCUUUUGCCCAGUUUUCUUGUUGAGAGUCCUUUUGACACUGGUGUCACAAGACGUGUUAAGAGAGCUUACACAUCAUUAGAUUCACUGGGAAUAAGGAUAGGAGUUUUUCUAAGAAGAUAUCCUCUAGUGAGAAUUUUAGUAUUAUUAUACAUAGUGGUUUUAAAUUUAUGGGUUCUGUUUUUGCUGUUUUCUCAGUCCCCAGACGCUCGAUAAAAUCCGAGAUUCAUUUAUACAUAGAUAAAUUUUUAUGAAUUUUUAUAUAGAAAAUUAUAUUUUGUAAAAAGCAAAUUUUUGAUAAUCAAUUAUAUAAUUUUAGAAAUCAUGUUUUGUUCAUAAUGUACUCUAGCAUCGUUUUACACGCUUGAAGCUAAAUGAUUACGGUAUAAAAUAAUUUUAAUAAUAAUUUGUAAAAUUUGUACACGGAGUGGAGUGUAUCAAAUGGCUCAAAUAACUCAUCAUAUUUCUGCAAUACUCCAACAAACAAAGUCUCUUGUGUUAAAUACUCAUUUCAAAUAUCGAUCUUUUAAAACAAAUAGAGUCGAGAUUUUACCAUGGCAUUUCUCUCUCGAGUACGCAUUAAACAAGCAAUCUUUUUACCUCAAACUCAUGCAUAUUCAUGAUGAUUCUCCCAUUUGCGGGUAUCUUAUGCGUGAAUUUUAAUUUGCCGCGCGCAAAGAGUCAAGGCUAUUCGUGUUCUGCAGACUGCAGCUAGCUUGUCCAGGUUAUGUUUGCGCUCCGCAACAGUUCGCAAAUUAUUAUGCGUAUGUUCGAAGCUCCUUAUCUGCAUUGAUGCGGCGUUUGCUCCGUAAUCGUUUAAAUUGAUUUGCAUGAAUGAUAACAAAAUAGCGAGCAUCGACGAGUCGACUCGAAGUGUUCGUCUUAGUUUUCUCGUACACGGCGCUGGAAAACUACAUGCAGUCAUGAUGAGCAGCAAAGUGACGUUUUGAAAGUACUUGUCUCCUGUGUUGUAUUGUGAUU